UCCCUAAACCCGAACAUCCACACCCCUACUCUUUGUUAACGGUAGACUGGGCAUUGGCUCUUCCUUGGUUCAUUUCCUUUUUCUCACUUUACCUUCAAUUUCCUCGGGUGUGGAACGCGGUUCAAAAAGGACAACCCUAUACCCCGCGCACUGGUCUCUAGUCAAUUUUGCUGCUUUCAUGGCUCAAAAAACCUGUUCAUCAUCAUCUUCAUCCAUCCAAACGUGGAGUUGGGAUGUCUUUGUUGCUCUAUACCGGAAUGGGAUUCGCACCUUCAGAGAUGACCGUGAGAUAGAGACAGAAGAAGCUAUCUGGACCGAGCUUGAGAAGGCAAUCGUGACAUCCAGGAUUGAUGUUAUAGUGUUUUCGAGAAACUACGCUGCUUCAAGCAGGUGUCUCAAGGAGCUGGAAAAAAUCAUGGAAUGCAGACGGAGCUUGAAGCAGAUUGUACUACCAGUUUUCUACGAUGUGGAUCCGUCCAAUGUGCAAAAUCAGUAGGGGAGUUUGGAGAAGGUAUUUGCCAGUCAUGAGGAGCGAUUCGGAUUAGACAAGGUGCGGAGGUGGAGGGCUGCUUUGACUGAGGCUGCAAACUUGUGUGGGGAAGACUUGCAAGAUGCUUCACAUCGUUUUGAGUCAACAUUUAUGGAGGAAAUUAUUAAAGAUAUUUUCAAUAAACUAGAUCUGGCAUACUUCAGGGUUGCAACCUACCCAGUUGGGAUUGAGUCUCGACUGCAAGGUCUCGACAGGCUGUUAAGCAGGGAUUCAGGUGAUGUUUGCAUGGUCGGCAUUUUGGGCAUUGGUGGCAUGGGGAAAACAACAAUGGCCAAAGCUAUCUAUAACCUACUUCACAGUGAAUUCGAAGAAAGUUGCUUUCUUGGAGAUGUAAGAGAAACUGCUAAGCAACCAGAUGGUCUGAUAAAAUUACAGAAGAAAAUUCUCUCCAGUGUCCAAGUAAAUGAUGGUAGAAAAAUAAGUCAUGUUGAUCAAGGAACUAUGGUAAUAAAAGAGAGAGUAUGGUCUAAAAGGGUUCUUCUUGUUCUAGAUGAUGUGGAUCAUCAGGAACAAUUGGACAAAUUAGCUGUAAGGCGUAAUUAUUUUCAACCAGGAAGUAGAAUUAUCAUUACAAUGAGAAAUGAGUCUUUGCUAAAUUUGUUUGAGGUGGAUGAGAGAUAUAUGCCACCAAAAUUGAAUCACCAUGAGUCACUUCUGCUCUUCAGUUGGCAUGCCUUUAGAAAAGACCAACCUAAUGAAGAUUUUGAAGAGCUUUCAAAGGAAGUAGUAGGUUAUGCCGAAAGGCUUCCAUUGGCACUUGAAGUUUUGGGUUCUCUUUUGUCAGACAAGAAAAAAUCUGAAUGGGAAAGUGCAUUGCAGAGAUUAAAAGUAACAAUUCCCUGUAAAAUCCAAGAAAAACUUAAAGAGUAAGUUUUGAUUCACUAAGUGAUGAGCAGCAAGAGUUAUUCCUAAACAUUGCAUUUUUCUUUGAUGGAAUGGACAAAAAUUAUACAAUUGAAAUACUCAAAGAUUCUAAUUUAUUCCCUGAAAUUGAAGUGGCAGUUUUGGUUAAUCGAUGUCUUGUAACAAUUGAUAACUCGAACAAGCUGAGAAUGCACAACUUGUUAAGAGACAUGGGUAGGGAAAUUAUCUGUAGAGAAUCUCGAAAAGAACCUGGAAAACAUAGCCAACUAUGUAUUUAGGAGGAUGUGCUUGAUAUCCUGAAAGAAAACAUGCAGGGAACAGAAGCAGUUGAAGGCAUCGUCCUAAAUUUGCAUAGGUCAAAUGAGGAGCAAGUGAAUUCAGAAACUUUUGCUAAAAUGAAUAGACUAAGAGUGCUCCAAUUGAAUUACAUGGGCCUCAGUGGGAGCUUUCACUGUCCUUCCAAGAGUCUAAGAUGGCUACAGUGUUAUGGAUUACCUCUGAGAUCCUUGCCAUCUGACUUAUAUAUGGAGAAUCUAGUUGUCAUUGAUAUGCCUCAUAGUAGGCUGAAAGAAAUUUGGAAGGGAGCCAAGAUUCUGAAGAAGUUGAAGUUCCUUAAUCUCAGUCAUUCCUGUCACCUAAAGAGAACCCCCAAACUUUGCAGGAAUGACUAGUCUUGAAGAGCUGUUGCUUAAUGAUUGUACAAGUUUAGUUGAAGUUCACCAGUCUAUUGAAUUUCUCCAAAAACUAGUUGUCUUGGAUCUUAACAACUGUUCAAAACUUAGGAAUCUUCCGCCUGGUAUUUGCAAAUUGAAAUCUCUAAAAUAUCUUACUGUCUCAGGCUACUCAAAGCUAGAUAUGGUGCUGGACUCUGAAGGAUCACCAUCAAAAUCAUGGUAUUCACUCUUCUCAUCUUGGGCAGAUCCAUUACGAAGUCCAGCUUCCAUAAGUUCACUGAUCUCUUUACAAGAUUUUAGUUCCAUAAGAAAAUUAUUUCUACAGGAAUCCAACUUGGCUCAUCUUCCAGAUGACCUAGGGUGUCUAGUCUCAUUGGUAGGUUUAAAUCUAAGUGGAAACAAUUUUUCUAGCAUACCAGCUAGCAUCAGUCUCCUGGCUAAACUCAAGUAUCUUAAUUUGAAUCGAUGUAGAAGACUUCAAUCAAUUCCUGAGCUUCCAAUAAGUUUGGAAGCCUUGUAUGCAAACAAUUGCAAAUCCUUGAAGAGGCUAUCAAUUGGAUCGGAGUGUCCAAGUUCACCAGAGUUGAGAUUUUUAAACUGCUCCAAACAAUUCAAGAACAAUUUUGCUUGUGAUCUCAAGAAGAGCAUCCUCCAUUACAAGGAACUGUCUACACUUGGUGAUUUCAAUGUUUUCCUUCAUGGGGCAGACGAUGUUCCUGACUUAUUCAAUUGCCAACAUAGUGGAUCAGUUUUGUCUUUUGUCGUGCCCCCACUAGAGAAUCAGAAGCUCCGAGGGUGCUUUUUAUGUGUUUCGUUUGCAAGUCUCAAUUGUGAUAUUCAUGGAUUCUCUGUUGUCUGUGAAUUGAGUAAUAUUACCAAGAACCUUGAGGGGCGCUAUCAUGAAAUGAAUCCACUUGUAAUAACCGGUGAAGAUUUCAUGUGGUUCAAUUAUAUUCCACUACCUUAUUUGGAUUUUCAGUUGGAAGUUGGGGAUGUCUAGGAGUG